UUUUCGUGACUAAAUGCCAGAUUGUACAAUGCCCCGCCCAAAUACAACUUGUUGUAACAGAUUCCAGUGCAUCAAGCGAUGCGUGCAUUUUCGAAUGACUGCGUCGUUGCCUUAAUGCUACCAUCGGUGCGUCGCAUACGAUAUUAAUUAUCAAGAAUCGCAUUGAUAAUCGAAACAAGGACGCAAAGGAGGAUACGAAUUACUCGAAGAAGAAUCUCAGUCUAAAAUUUAUAAAAUGUCCAUUCUAGACGAGCGAGAGGACUACCUGAAGAAUCCCUUUUUUGUCAAACACGAAUACGGUGACUUUACGCCAUUUUAUAUCACCGUAACCAUCUGUUCUGUGCUAUUCGCUGUCCUGUGCAUUUUGAACAUCGGAUUCUGUUUCUGCUCUCGACAUAAAAGUUAUUGGCAGAAUCGUCAUACGGGAAAUAGGUGGAUUCAACCACUGUGGACGGUAAUACCGCAUAAAACGCCACCUCUAGAUUUAAGCGAAUUGGAGCCUGGGCGUACCUUCCAGCCAGAGACACGCGAGGUCUUGCAAUAUCACAACCCGAAAUCGUAUAAAACCUCACCGCAAUCGCAAGAGUACAUGGAGAUGCAAAAACGUGAGAGUGAGAUUUAA